AUGAAGCUUAUAGGAGACAACUGUAAAAUGAUGUGUGAGCUGGUAGAAAUGCCUUGCAGCGAGAGCCAUGGAGCUGUGUCAGCUCAGCUCUGCAGAGUGUGCCGAGACUUUGCUGUUUUGGAAGAUCAUACCUUGGCCCAUAACUUACAGGAGCAAGAGAUUGAGCAUCACUUGGCAACAAAUGUGCAGCGUAAUCGUCUGGUGCAACAUGACUUGCAGGUGGCCAAGCAGCUGCAAGAAGAGGAGGAUCUGAAAGCACGUGCUCAAAUCCAGAAGCACCGAAAAGACUUAGAACGACAGGACUGCGAGAUCGCUCAGGAAAUCCAAGUGAAGCUGGUAUUUGAAGCGGAGCAGCGCCGCAGGCAAGAGGAAAAAGACGAGGACAUUGCCCGUCUCCUACAACAGAAAGAACUGCAGGAAGAAAAAAAGCGGAAGAAGCAUUACCCAGAAUCCCAGGGACACACAGUCUAUGAAGAUAGCUAUUACGCAGAAAAUGGAGGCACUAGGUUGAUGGGGACGAGACAAGCCAUGUAUGAUACACCCCGAAGGGAACAGGAGUUGUCUGAUGCAGAGAUUGCUCGGAAGCUGCAGGAGGAAGAGCUCCUGGCUAACGAGGCAGAUCAGAAGGCAGCUCAAGUCUUGACCCCUUUGACUCUAAUUGCUCGUUUCCCUCCUUGUAGGGGAAGCUCAGGGCUCCGGUGGGGUUUGACCGAAAUUGCCCGACUCUUGAUGGCUGAGGAGAAAAAGGCUUUCAAGAAAGGGAAGGAGAAAGAAAAGUCUUCCUUUGAAAAGAGGAGGCAUGAUCAAGACUGGAAGCAUGAUGCAAGCGAGUCCACACGCUCAAGGUCAAAAGAAGGGCCUGAAACUCAGCGACACAAAGGUGACAGGCCUUCAAGGUCACAGCCUCUCCUCGAUGACUUUGAACACCCUCGGUAUUACACAAGCCAGCCCAGCCCCUUGCGCCAGAUCCCCAAACCUGAGCACUCUCCUAAAGGUUCCCGUAGGAAGCAGUAAACUGUGCUAGCCUUUGCUUUGGUACUGGCUCUUCUGUAGCAAACAGUACUGGAAUUGCCAGGCAACUUUAUUGAUUCCUUACCCGAUGGGAGGUACAGCCUCCACUCCCAGGAUCUCCUCUUGAAGUGUCAUCAUAUUAAUAAGGAACACUUGUUUGUUUCAAUUUCUUACUCAUAUGUGAUCACUUAAGCAGUGCAGUAUAAUCUAGCCGCUGCUGAGCUGUGUGAAUCAACUAGCUGACUUAACAGCUCCCUCUUACAUUCUUUUGAGGCUUUCAUUUUAUUUUUAUUUUUGAGCUUUGGCUGGAGCUUUGACAAAUAGAGAUGCACAUACAACAGGGAGGAAAAUCCAAGAUAAGAGCUGGGUUAUGGCAAUGCAGCAGAACGUCGGAAGUUCAAGUCCUUUCCAUAUUGGGAUGACUUAGCAAAGAGAGUUAGAAGAGGAAACGU